AUGGGCUUCUUAAACUAGCAAAUUGAGGGAGAUGUUUAUUCCAAUGAAGAAAGAAAACUUAUGAAUUUAAGGAAGAGACAGCUGACUGAAGCUCAAGAGCAUGAAAUUAAGUCUUAUGAUAAACUCAUGGAAAAGAUUAAAUUCAAGGAUCCUAAGUAUACUUCUCCUCACCCACAUUUACAGCCAGGCAUUCAUUUUUACAAAUUCCUUGCCAAGAAGAUCGUAGAUCCCAACAAAGAACAGAACAAGUUCAGUUUAUUGAAACUGUGGAUUCCAGACACAAUUGUGUACCAAGCUGCAUUGGAUCCUUUCUGGAUAUACUCAGGGUUUGAUGGUUUGGUAUACAGAUCAGAUAAAUUUAGUGAUAAGACAAUCGUAUCAAAGCUCGGAUCAAAAUACAUGCUGAGUGAGCUCUCAGCCAUCCUGAAGUUUGAGGACUUUGAUGACAGCGGCAGAUCUAAUGGCAAUUAAGUAUUGUUGUAAAGCACCAAGGAACUGGCGAUUAGAAUUGCAAACAAGAAAAGUGAGUCUGAUAAUAUGGUGAUUCAGAGAUUCAUCAAGUGUAAGGGAGGGAACGCCUUCAUUUGCAGGGCACACUGGAAAAAAGGUAAAGCUGCCAAUUGCUAUAUCAUCACGAAUAAGCAGUAGUUCAAAGACAGGGAAAACGAGGAUGGAAAGCAAUUCACUGAGUAUGAAAGAUUCGUGACUAAUUAACAGUAGAGAUUCGCCUGCAGUAUAAUAGUCUCAAAAGGUAACUCAAACUACUAAGAACCAGUGUUGAUGACUGAAAACAUCCAAAGAUAUGUCGAGGCUAAUAUAGGGGCAAGAUUCACAGAACUUGUAGCAGAUUAUAUAAAGGACGAAUCUGGCAUUUGGUGGUUCCUUGGUGUUAAGGCUUUUGUUUUAGCUCAUUCGAAUGUUAAACUUACCAUUAAGCCCUAUAUUGGUAUUGCAGAAGAAUCAUACUAAUCUUCUGGCGAAGAUGAAGAGUAAAACUUAAAAAAUCAAUAUAAUGAUAGUGAUGAGAAAGAUCUCUCAUAAAAGAUGAGAAUUUGCAAGUUUUGUCAACUUGGAUUCUCUCUAUCAGCCCUAAGAUACAAGUUGUCGAUGCAGCAAAUUAUUAAUACUGAGAAAUAUAUAAAAGAUAUUGGAUUCAAUAAGGAAUGGCUUACUCAUGCUGACUCAAGCUUUAUCGAUCCUUUUGUCUUGUAUCAAUCCUUCUCAGUAUGUAAGGAUUGCUACUCAUUGCAUGACUAAGUUUAAAAGCUCAAGAUCGUUCAUUAGUAGUUCGCUAGAGUCUUUGGAAUUCAAGUGAAAGAGUAGGACUCUGGAAUACCCAUUAUAAAAAAUGAAACUCUCAAUCAGGAGAAGAUGAUCGACUAUAUAAUAGAAAAGCAUUUUUCAUAGCCUCCAUCUUUUGGAAUAGGUUAAGCCAAACAGAAAAAUGCUUAAGAGAUAAUGAAAAUACCUGAUCUCUACAGGUAUAAAUUACUUGUGAUUAUCUAUGAUCUAUGUGAGAUAUCCCCCAUUCCGAAAAACUAUCAUAAAGAACUUUAACUUGAAUACAGCUUUCUUGGAAAGGAUUUUAAGACUAAACUUAACAUUGGAUAAUCAUUUAACUGCAACAUUGAGCUGGUUCCAAUUAACAAGAUGUAGUUAUUUCACUUUUUUGUAGAUGAGCCUGAAAAAUCAAUUGAAUUUUUGAAUUUGAUUAGGAAACUUAGGAUUGACUUUAGAGUACCCUCUCUAGGCAAAAUCAUUGGAGGGGUCAAUCUUAACUUGAAUGAUUUCAAAAGUCCGCUAGUAAAUUAAAAGCAAUUUUACUAACUGGUUACUUUUGAUAAGUUUAUUGGCUAUCUUAGAUGCGCUCUCUGCUGGGAUGCUGGCACAGAGCCAGUCGAUGUAAAGGCUAUACAACUUACUAUGCAUGAUCAGAUUAAUGGACUUUAUAUUCCGCCUAAUGAGUAUUGUGCCUGUGACGGCUUACUUGAGGAGUGGAUACCUCUGAUACCUAAUGUUAAAUAAUAAAAUGAAAUAAUUAUAGAAAGAAUAGCUAGGUAUAAACGUGAAGAGGGUGGUAACUCAAGUACUCUUAAGACUUAGUUCUAUUUAGGCGAGAGUUUGUUAAAGAUAAUAAGGAAUAAUUCACUUACUUCUAGGUCAAAAUCGAGAAGAGUAAAUAUUAUAUAAAUUGGGUCAACAGGCAGGACCAGUCCAAUGGUUACUUCACAAUCAAAGGAUAAGAAUAAAGAAAAAGAGAAAUAACUCAACAUAAAAACAAAUUCUACAGUGACAUCUCCCUAAGAGGACGAUAAACAGAAACCAAUGCCAAAAAUAAGGAUUAAAAGUGGGUUCAUGACUAAUAGAGAGAGAACAAGUAAAAAUAGUGAGUUUUAAACAGCAAGGGCAAGAGAACUAUUGAAACUGGAGCCUCAGACUAGUAGAAGGAAGUCUUCUUAAAUGUUUGGUAAUAGUAAACCAAAGUAGUCUUUGAAGUCUCUGCUGAAGCAUUCAGAGUCCUAAAAACUCUAUGAUUUGAUUGAAACGCAUAUAAUGAAUGUAAAGCACAACAUUCAGCUUUGA